UUCCUUAACUAUGACUCAGUUCGUCUCAGUCUAAAGACAAAAUCAGACAUAACCUAAAAUGUUCUGAAGACAGACGAUACAAUGAAGGCUAUAACACUAUCAGUGAUAUUAUUAAUACUGUGUGUGACGAUAUUCGAAGCUAAGGACUUAGUUGUUGGGACAAGAGUCAAUAAUCUCCUGAUAUCGACGGAGAAAGUUGUGUACAAAGGGAUACCCUUAAUAAGGAGGGACAAGGAUUAUACUUAUACGGACCCGAAGCAACGGAUUAUUAAGGCUAUCAUCGCACGGGACCUGUCGCGAACGGACGCGGAGGCCGCGGUAACGUCAGGUGGCGUGGGCGCAACCAACGUCACCAUCCAUCUGCGAAGCGCGCGGGGGGAGGGGCUGAACUAUCUCAUACUAAUAUUUGCUAAAAACAACUGAUUCUGUAGAAACAAAUUAUUGCGAAAUAGAAAUAAGAACCCUUUAGAAGUCACUGCUAUACGAUAGAUAAAUAAGAAUAAUGUUGAAGAAAAAUUGUUCAUAGUAACCUCAGCCAAAAAAUAAUACUACAACGUCAUAACGCAAGAUAAUCUAGACACCCUCGCUCCACCGAGCUUUCUGUUACUAUAAUGUCAAGCCAAUCUAAUUAAUAAACUUUGAACAACA